AUGGCUCUUCCCGGAACGAAGGCUGACUGGUGGGAGUGCAAUCGGCCUGUAGUCCGAGACUUGUUUAGGGCCCUUAAUCUUCGGUAUAAGGCGGAGAUGCGUUUCAUUUUGACGCUGAUGCAAGGAUCUAGUGAUGAAGAAGUCAUGCACCUCGCGAGUGACGUCAUCUCCAAUGAUGUCCCAAAAAGAUUGGGAGCGUUACCAAUAGGAGAAAGUCUACAGAAGCGUGGGAUUCUUACCAAUGUCUCUUGCCCCCAUUGCAAAGGAAUUGAAACGACAAUGCAUCUCUUCUUCAACUGUCCCUUCGCGAAGCAAGUGUGGAGCCAAAUCCCUUUAUUCAACCCAGUUCACCUAGCUGAGGAUUUGGACUUCAAGACAGCACUGGUGAGGCUGAGAUUAAGCAUAUGCCUCCCUCCAACUGGCCUCAAGAUUCCCAUCAUCUCUUGGGUUUGUUGGUCACUAUGGCUUGCAAGAAACAAACUUAUCUUCGAGCAGUUUCAUCAAUCAGCUGCUGAAGUAGCCACAAGAAGCAUAACCGCCGCAAGAGAAUGGGAUCAGGCUCAACCUCUCUCAAGGAAAUCCAAGCAAGGCCUACCAAUCGCAACUUCCCAGGAACGCCGAGCCAAUACCCUAUCGAUCACCUCCACUCCAAUCUUCUGCAAGACUGACGCAGCCUGGAACUCAUCAACACGAAAGGCAGGAAUCGCUUGCGUAUUACACCGGCCCGACUCUCCAUCUCCCGAAUCGUUUUCCCUGCAGAUCGACAACGUCGCAUCCCCGCUCAUGGCAGAAGCCCUUGCUCUGCUCCAGGGUAUCGAGAAGGCAAUCAAAUCGGAGAUUACAAGCAUAACUUUCCUCUCCGACUGCUCAACGCUCAUCAGAGCAAUCAACGGCAAGGCUCCGAUGAAGGAGAUCUACGGCGUUCUCACUGAUAUCGCCUCCCUCUCCUCCGCCUUUGCAUGUAUCUCUUUCAAACACAUCUCCCGUUCUCAGAACGAAGAUGCUGACUCUCUAGCGAAAUGGGCCCUUAAGGCCGACUCCUCUUCUGUUUCAUCUUUUGAUUUUUCUGUAUUGGGCCGUUGGGCCUAG